AUGCCUGUGCGGCCAGUGUAUGAGUGGGAACAGACGGAGGAGGAGGUGCUGCUGCGCGUCACGAUCAAAGGCUUCAAGAAGGAGGCGAUCGACGUGUUCCUUUCAGACGUCUGGGUGAAGGUCAAUGCGGCGCCCACGUACCUCCUUGUGCUCGACCUCCUACACCCUGUUGACGCGUCGCGGUCGACGUAUUACAUGGACCCGGAGGACCGCACGUGCCUGCGCCUCCGUCUCUGCAAACAGGAAACAGGCAUGUGGUCGGAUCUCUGCAUUCGCGCGGACGAGUACGACGCGGGCGCGCUUCGCGAGCGACGCGCCACCGCGAUGAAGCGGGCGGAGGAGGACUACAACCGUCGCCUGCAGGAGCGAGUGGGGAAGCGGGAGGAGGAGCGGCGUCGCAUGACGGAGGAGCAAUGGGAGGUAGAAAGGGCGCAGCGGCGACUCAUUGAGGGCCGUGUGAAGGAGGAGCGGGAUACGGCCGAGGCCGACCUCUACGUGUGGGAGGAGGCACAGAAGCAGCAACGCCAAAACCAGCAAGGGGGACACCAGGCCCUGGUGACCGGAGCCGUCCCAACGUCGCCGGAGGACGUCGUCGUGCCGCAGACGGCGAAGGCGAACGAAACCACCGCUCCAUGUGUGCGGCACCACGACACCGUUGUUGUUCCUGUAGAAUUCACGCCAAAGCUCGCGGCAAUGCCGACGCGUUCUCGUGGGGAGGAAGAGUACUACCGUCGAAGUCGGUACAAACCAACACGCAUAGAGGACAGUCCAAUGUUCUGGAAAGAACGUGCUGACAAGCACUACCACCACCAGGAAUGGCAGAUGGCGGCAGAUGCGUACACGGAAUCCAUCAAGCGUGAUGGCGCAUUUUUGACGUGUGUCUCGAACCGUGCCGCCUGUUUUAUUCACCUAUUUGAAUACAAACGCGCCAUUGAAGACUGUACGUUGGCCUUGACGAUGCUGUCGAAUACUCCGGCGAGUGAGCUGACGCAGGAGAGGUACCGCUAUCUUAUGAUGAAGCUUCACGCCCGACGUGGGGCGGCGUACUGCUGGGGGCGCUGCUGCGAGAAGGGCAUUGAAGAUUUUCGCAUUGCCUCUGCGUACAGUAAUCCGGAGGAGGACCACGAUGUGUUGUCAGACUAUCAACUUGUGGAAAAAUACAUGAAGGAGCAGGGUUUACUAGAGACGAGGGAUCCGCUAGAGGAUAAGUUGCGAGAGGCAUCUUCCUUCUAUUAUCAUGGGAAAUACGCCGAGGCUGCGGCGGUGUACCGCGAUGUGCUGCAGGCGAACCCGUACGACGUGAAGACGCGCAACAACUUGAGCGCCGUCUUGUUGCAGCAGGGACUGUUUAAGGAGGCUUUGGAGGAGACCUCACAGGUGCUGAGUUUCUGUCAUGAGGUGGCGGAUGCGCUGAGUUGCCCUGGGGCUCUCUCCACGAACUUGGUGGAUAGCGACGAUGAUGAUGAGGUGGAUGCUGCCGGGGGUGAGGCUGCGGAUGAGAUGGUGCGACAGCGGAAUGCCGCGGCGCGAAAGGUUGGCGAACAGAGCGGACACGUGUAUGCACUGCUCAAGGCCUGCGUGCGGGGCGCGGCGGCGCACUGCGGCCUCAAGGACUACCGCAAGGCCCUGCAGCUGCUUGAGCAAGCGGUACGCAUCACACCGUACGACGAUGAUCUGCAGGAUGAUUACAAGCGUGUCUCCGAGAAGCUGCAGGUGGAGACGCUUGUGGCCGCCUCCACGGCAGGGUUGGAGCGAAGCUGCGGGGGAAGCGCGAACACUGAGGCGCAGGCAGAAAAAGAACGAGAAAGCUAG